GUAUAAAAAGCAGGGCGGACUGGCCCAGACCCUGCACAACAUCCACACAGAGAGAAUCACCGCAAGUCACUUUGGAGAAGCUCACACCCCACGAUGGACGCACAGAAGACGCACACAGCAGAAAUGGAUCUGUCGGAGCAGAUCAAGAAGGUGACGAUGGAAAGUCACAUGAGGGCCGAGAACACAGAACUCAUGCUGAGCUUCCAGAAGGGACAAGUCAGCAUGCAACAAUACAAACUGCUCCUCAGCUCCCUCCAUGAGAUCUACCAGACGUUGGAAGAAGAGAUGGACAGGAACUGCAAGCAUCCCGCUGUGGAGCCCAUCUACUUCCCUGCAGAGCUGGCCCGGCUGGACUCGGUCCAGAAAGACCUGGAGUUCUUCUACGGUCCAGGCUGGAAGGACAAAAUGCUGGUGCCCGCGGAAACAAGGAGAUACUGUGACAGGCUGCGACAGAUCGGGAAAGAAAACCCGGAGUACCUGGUGGCUCACGCCUACACCCGUUACCUAGGCGACCUCUCCGGAGGACAAGUCCUGGGCCGCGUCGCCCAGAAGUCCAUGGGCCUGAAGAGCGGCGAGGGUCUGUCGUUCUUCGCCUUUCCCGGCGUCUCCAGUCCCAACUUGUUCAAGCAGCUCUACAGGGGCCGCAUGAACGUGCUGGAGCUGAGCCAGGAGCAGAGGGCCGGCGUGCUGGAGGAAGCUGUGAGGGCCUUUGAACACAACAUCCAGGUGUUUGAGGGCGUGCAGAAGAUGCUGAGCGUGCUUGAAGAGCGGCAGCCAACUUCCAAAGUCUUUUUAAAUCGAAUUGUGGCUCUUCCGACGCUCCUCAGGAUGGCGCUGGGGAUGUUCGUGGCCGUUGUCACCAUGGGAAUCUGGAUGCUUUAAAACGCACCUUUUUUUCAAUGCGUCCUCAUUUUAUGGACUUUUGCUUUCUUUUUUUCUGGGGGACUAAAAAUCUAUUUCUUUUGUCUUCAAACGGGACUGAAGUUUGCUGAGCAGGUUUAAAAAACAAACAAACAUGUUUUUUCUUUAUUUUUCUCAACCUGCUGCACCUCACCCUUGAGGGGUUGGAGUGGAGUGAACGCACCAAAAAAAACAUCAGUUUUUGAGACAACGGGCGGUUCCCAGCCAAAUGGAAGGUCUGUAGUUUGCAUGCCAGGCCAGUAGUUGGCGAUGUCACCGAUGUGACGACUUUGCACUUUGCAAGAAAACGCUAAAACAGCACAGCUGUGGUUUCAACGCUUUGUGCGUUCUACCAAGUGUUUUUAGCAGUUAAACAGAAGAACAUCCUCCUUUGGAUCCUAAAAAUGCUAUUUUAAUGUAAACAAACACCAAAUUAAUAUUGUUUUGAUUUGUUUUCAGACAUAAACAGCAACGUAUAGGUUUUUUAUGCAGGGCCACACCUGGCUAAAUUGGGGCCCGAAGCAGAAUUGUAUUCAUCCCCACACUCAUCACAAUUUUUUUCUAAAUGUAUUUUAUUUCGUGUGAAAUGAUUUUUUAUUAGGGGUGCUGAAAAACAUUGAUUCAAAUUCAAAUUGCAAUUCUUAUUUGUUCCAAUUCUGAACCGAUUCAUAAUUUUAAUAGUUAUUAAUAAUAGUUAUUUUAAGAAUAUUUUUGAAUAUAUAAAUAUAUGUUUUUUUUUUUUACUAAAUUCAUUAUUAUUUCAAUGUUUUUAAAUCAAUGUAAUGUUUUUUUUAAUAUUUGAUUACAUUUUUUUUCAAUUAAGAUUCAAAAAUUUGAUUGCAAUAUUUUUUUAAGAAUCAUGUUAUUUAAAUUGUUUUGCAGAAUUCACAAUUUUUUGGUUUUUAAAUUAAUUUAAUGUUUGUGGGUUUUUUUAUAAUCAACUGCAUUUUUUUAAAUUAUAAUUUUAAGAAUCAAUCACAUUCUUUUAAGAAUCAGGGAUUUUUUAAGAAUUGUAAUUUUUUUUUUUUUUUACAGAAUUUAUAAUUGUUUGUUUUUAAAUCUAUAUAGUGUUUUUUUAUUUUUAGAAACAAUUACCUUUUUAAUGAUAAUUUUAAGAAUCGAUUGCAAACAUUCUUUUAAAUAUAUUUUUUAAUGAAUCAGUUUAUUUUUUUAAAAAAUUUACAGAAUAGUUUUUUUAUGUUUUCUAAUCAAUUUAAUAGUAUUCUUUAAACAAUAUAUACAGUAUACAUAAAACAUUUUUUCAAGAAUCUAUUUUUAAAUUAGUAUGCUUACUCUCUGCAAGUCAUACAUCGGCAGCAGGAAAGACUCUAACAUGUUUUGAAAAGGUUUAUUUAUAUACCAAAUAAUAUAUUUUGAGAAUCGUGUAAAAUCGAGAAUCAAUUUUGAAUCGUGAGUUGUUGUAAGAUUCACAUCCCUCAUUUUUGUAGCACAGUAUUUGACUUAAACUCAAAUUUUAUUUGAUGAACGUUUUGGACGAGAACAAAUUCAUGAGAAUUAAAUUGUUCAAUAUUUUUUUUGGACACAAAUUCCACAAUGAAUACAUGCAUUAGCAACACUUCCUGAUGAGGACAAUUACAAGGGAAAUAUGCAAUUAUAUGAAAACUAGAAAAAGGAAUAAUUUCUUUGUUUACACGACACAUUUAUUCAGAGAGAACACAUUUGUCUGUGUGGGUCUUUCACAUCUGGCACUUUUGUUGUUGUUGCACAGGUAAAGCAAACCAUGUAAAGAUCCGAAAGCACUUCUGAAUUUGAUCUCGGUUGAUUUUUAGAGUCUGCUGAGCACAAAAUACCGUUGACUUAUUAUGAAUCGUGCAGAAAGUUGUUUUUAUGUCUUACAUGAACAUGUAGCUUCAGUGUUAUUUUGUACAUAUCUGUCUCUGUACUUUUUGAUACCAAGUUGACCUUGUAAUAAAAGAAAGUUGAAAAGGCUGACUUCUGUUGGCUUCU